AUGGGAUCCAGCGCAAAAAAGAAGAGAGAAAAGAAGCAAGACUUCCAAAAGACCAAGCUCAAAGUCGGCAAGACAAAGGCCAAAGCCGCAAACUUUACCGACACCAGUUUCAAGGCCAAGUCGAUUGUCCUCAACCAGCAGUCGCUGACUGCGGCCGCGCCUUCCAUCGACCAGCAAUUCACACACCAGCUGUCGCUCUGCAGCUCAAAGACCGACUCGCAACGUCGCGAUGCCAUCAACUACCUCACCAACACAGUCGCCGAGCGACCGAACAACCUGCCCCUACCCGUGGCCACCAUCCUCCCCAAGAUUCAACCUCUGAUCCUCGACGCCUCCAACUCGGUGCGCGCCGCACUAACGAAACUGCUACGCGCAUUACCUCCCGCUCACAUCGCUACCCAUGUCGACCACAUUCUCCUCUACGUGCGCGCAGGAAUGACCCAUCUCGCUGCCGAAAUCCGCACCUCCUCCCUCGAUGUCCUAGAAUGGCUGCUCCAAACUGCUGGUCAAGAACUCGUCUCCUGCGCAGGCGGCUGGCUAAAAACCUUACAAUGCUUCUUGACAUUACUGGGCUGGCAAUCAAGCAAACAAGAACAAGCAGCCGGAAACUGGUCAUCUGAGCGCGCUGUAAGCUUUGGGAAACCGGGCUCUGCGGCCUCGAAAUUGUUGAUCAAGCAAUUGAAUGUUUUGACCAUGUUUCUGAGGGCUGGUUUCACGGAUGCGACUAGUGCUGAGGAUGCUGGACCGGCGAAUGCUUCUUGUUUCCCGCUGUGCAGUACGGAGCAUCAAGUUCUCUAUGCACGCUCGAACCCCUUCCGCGGUCUCAAUCUUUUUGGAGCACCCAAGGAUGCAGAAAACGCCAUGUACGACGAUGCCGAGGCGAGGAAGAGAUCGUUCGACGAUGUCGCUGUCCGUGCUGUUGCUCGUGGCAUUCAAGCCGCAAAGCAGGAAGGAGGUGAAAUCGGCAGGGCUGCUUCUGGAUUGGAGAAGGCUCUCGUCGACGGUAUGGGCGAGUUCCACAGAGAUGUGGAGUAG